CUCGAAUUAAGUAUGACACAACUGACACGGCGUACGACAGAUUCGGACACGCUACACCCCGAUAGCCUAUUUCUCGUUGCCCGUGGACUACUAUCUCCCGACAAGCGUCCUGCUCAGCGCGCAUGUCCGAACCCCGAAGCUGCCAUCGCAGGCCAAGAAGCCCGAUCGAUAAGAUCAUGGACUGGCCGGCCAGGAUCGAGAACAACAGACAAAGAAAGACCGGUCGCUAAUUCCUGCGUCAUACCAUGUCCACCUACGCGAUCCUUGGUGCCACCGGCAACUGUGGGACAGCUCUCAUCGACAACCUGCUGCGCACCGAAAAUGCGCGGAUCCACGCCUAUUGCCGCAACAAGGCCAAGCUGACCCAAAAGGUCCCAGCGGUCGCCGACAGCAAACGCGUCACGGUGUAUGAAGGGAAUAUCUACGAUGUUGACCUGCUGGCUGAAUGCAUACGCGACACGCGCGCCAUCUUCCACGUGGUGACGACUAACGACAAUGUGCCCGGCUGCCACGUCGGCCUGGACACGGCGAAGAGCAUCAUCGCCGCCAUCGAGAAGCUGAAGGUCCACGGCCAGCUGCGCGCACCCCUCCCCAAAAUCGUCCUGCUCUCCUCCGGCACCAUCGACGACCAUCUCAGCCGCCACAUGCCGUGGUGGUUCCGCCCCAUCCUUCGCACCGCCGCCUCGCACGUCUACGAGGACCUGCGCCGGACUGAGGCCUACCUCCGGGCGCAGGCGGACCUGGUUUCCACGAUUUUCAUCAAGCCCGGCGGGCUCGCGGUGGAUGCGCAACGCGGCCACGAGCUGAAUCUCGACCACGACGAAUCGUUCGUCUCGUACCUCGACCUGGCCGCGGGGAUGAUCGAGGCCGCAUGUGACGAGGACGGGAGAUACGAGAUGAAGAAUGUCAGCGUGGUGAAUAGGAACGGGUCGGCCAAGUUUCCCUCCGGCACCCCGAUGUGUAUUGCCACCGGUCUAGCGAGACAUUUCUUUCCGUUUCUGCACGCCUAUCUGCCAUCUACCGGGCCUAGCUAGUGAUUACACGACAUCGAAUAAACUAUACCACGCGAUUGUGUUGGUUCGCGCAAAGCAAUUCCACAAAGUUAAUUACAUAUGGUCACAUUUCAACAGUAUUCUAAUCCACCCAAAAAUCCACUAAGCAAGAUCCGGCCGGAUCUUCCACCCCAUGUCAAAGCCCGUAAAAUUCACAAACUUCUGGUCGGUGGGCCAGUCCUUGGUCGUGUCCAGCGCCAUGCGCGCAAUCUUCAACCACAUAUCGCCCUUAACCGGGAACGCAUCGGGGUACUCGGCCUCGAACGGGCGCGCAGCCUCCUGGCCGUUCUUCAGCGCG